AUGAUGAUCACGACAGCUUUCCUUGGCGCACUGCUCAUGACGUCCGGUGUCCUCGCCUGUGCGGGACAUCAGAACCACUACGCAAUGGCCGACAGGAAGCGUGCAGAAAUUGCUCCCUUGCCUUCUGCAGACUGGGCCUAUGAGGCUUCGUUCAACUGGGGUCGCCUCAAUCCGAACUACACCUUGUGCCAGACCGGCACGCAACAGUCGCCCAUCGCGCUCAGCCUCAACAACGGACUGGCACUGGACCACAUUCUCCGGUUCAACUACCCCAACAGGACGGUCGGCAACUUUUACAACUGGGGCUACGGCCCGGCCUUCACCGUCACGCACCCGGAGGGCGUCUACACGGGCUCCCCAUCCUUCACAUACGACGACAUGAAGCUCUACCUCAAGGGCUGGCACAUCCACUCGCCCGCCGACCACUCCGUCAACGGCGACCGGUCCAAGGCGGAGCUGCACCUCGUCCACGUCGACGAGCAAGGGCACGAAAAGGCCGUGCUGGCGAUCCGGCUGGACCCGGGCAACACCAACAACACCUUCUUCGACCAGCUGCCGCCCAUGAUUGGCUUCAACAACGUUGGCGUCCAGCAGGAGAUUGAGGUUGACCACAUGCCGGCCCUGGACAGCGUGCUGCAGUUCAACGAAUUCUGGACCUACCGUGGCAGCUUGACGAGUCCGCCCUGCCAUGAGGGUAUCCGCUGGUUCGUGGCGCGCCAGGUCAUGUUUACGGGCGUCGACCAGAUGAGGGCCAUUCUGGGCGCGAGUACCUACAGCGCGAGGGCCGAGCAGGAGGUUUGGCAGCAUCGUAUCAACGAAUGA